CUCGUUGUAUCCGACGAGGUCAUUAAGCUGGGCUCCGCCAGUGAUGUUUCCGUAGCUGCUGGUGAGGUAGAAGGCGUGAACGCUGCUGGUGGCGCACUCAUCCUCGAAGCAGGUAGCGGCGACGAGCUCCAAGGCGGAGGUGGUGACAUGAGUUUCUCCGCGGGCAGUGGCGCAGGGUAUAGAUUUGUUGAAAAGAAUGGUGUUGCUGGCACAGUGCAAGUUGCUGGCGGAGCUGCGCGCGAAGGCACUGGGGGUGGGCUUACAUUUCUUGGGGGUGCUUCAUCUACUGGCACAGGCGGAGCCGUCGCACUAAUAACAGGCUACAGUCAACAGGGA